CGGGGCCAAGGGGACCGGCGUGGGCCUUCCGAGGGGAACAGGGGCGGGAACCUGAGGAGAGCCACGCCGCGGCCUCCUGCGCGCCCAGAGCACCUUCAGUAAGAUGGCUUCAUUAGUGCGACAAACAUCUAGAUGUCAUUUCUUGCUAAAGACAUACAAUAUUGUGAACAGUACAGAACAACUGGGAAGACGGUCCAUCAAAACAUGGACAUAUUGUCUGGAACAAUGGGGUUUCCCAUUGCUUUCACCUCAAAGAAGAAGUCGCAAACCAGUAGUGAAGAACCCAAGAAGUUUUCUUUUUGAUAAUCACAUAGAGUUCUGCAGUUCAAGUGUUGAACCAGAUCAUAUUCCUGAAAAUAAAACACUAUCUUCUGUUAGUAAAUUGGAAACCGAAACAGAACCUUGUUCAGAUAUUGAAGAAGGUUUGGAAGAGGAAUCAUGUUUAUCUGCCUUGGAAAAGAUUUCAGAAGAGGAAGCUAUUGAUAUCUUAGCUAAGCCACCACUUCCUCUGGCAUCUUUCACACUUAAAGAUUAUGUUGAUCACUCAGAAACACUACGCCAGUUGGUGCAUCUAGGAGUUGAUUUGUCCAAAGUGGAAAAACGUCGAGGUGCAGGCCAGCUUCUUUUGCAGUUGGACUUUGAAAAAGACAUACAAAAAACCCUUCUAUUCCUUAAGGAUGUUGGUUUGAAAGAUGAUCAGUUGGGGACAUUUCUUACUAAAAACCCUUAUAUUCUCAAAGAAGAUUUGGAGGAUCUACAGACAAGAAUAACUUAUCUAACAUCAAAAAAAUUCAGCAAGGAAGCCAUUACAGAAAUGGUCUCAAGAGCUCCAUAUUUACUCCUUUUUUCUGUGGAAAGACUGGAUAAUAGGUUAGGUUUCUUCCAAAAUGAAAUUGGAUUAAAUACGCGAAAGACCAGAGAACUUGUGACUCGUCUCCCUAGGCUACUGACUGGCGGUCUUGAACAUAUUAAAGAAAAUCUGAGGGCAUUUGAGCUAGAACUUGGUUUUAAUCGGAAUGAAAUUCGACACAUAGUACAUACAGUCCCGAGGAGUUUAGAUGCAAAUAAAAGAAAACUAACAGCCAUCUUUGAUUACUUGCACAACACAAUGGGCAUUCCACAUAAGCUCAUUGUUCAUUUUCCUGAGGUUUUUAAUUCAAGGCUAAUACGAAUUAAAGAAAGACACCUGUUCCUUGAAUUUCUGCGGAGAGCACAAUAUGAUCCACAGCAGCCAAACUAUGUCUCCCUAGAAAAACUGGUAACAUUGCCUGAUGAUGCAUUCUGCAUAGAAGUUGCCAAAGCUAAAAUACAGGACUUCAGAAAGUUUUUGAAAACACUGAGAAAGGAUAUGCUGUUACCCAGUUGGCAAAGUUUGAAAUGCCUGUAUGGAGGAACUCCCUCGUCACGCCACAGAGGAGAGCCCAAACUUGCAGACACUGCACUGAUGAAUAGGACAACGUAGCUUUCCAUUUCUUUCUGGAUCAGCUCUUUCGUAAAACUAAAUCGACCUUAAUUGCACCUUCAGACCAAGUCAGCUUUAAAUGGUGUGUACAUGACACGGACAGCUCGCACAGUAUAUUGUUACUGAGGGAAAUUCACUCGGUUAUUGAGAUAUUUGCGGAGGAAAUAUCAUAGAUCCAGGAGGCGUGGCAGCCGGCAUCACCUUCCCAGCGGCUAGUCAAGGGAUUCGGGCGUUCGGACCGGCCUGCCUUCACUCCCAUCACCGCUGCCCCAGCGUUUGCGUCGCCAGCGAGCAGGCGCUAAAGGCAAAGCCGCCU